AUGGACAAGAUCGCCGCCGGACGCCCCUACGUCUUCCAGCAGGACCGCUUCUGUACACAAGGCCAAGACGACCCAGGCGUGGCUGCUCAACACCACUGGUCGCCGGACUUGUGUCCGCCCUUCCCAUCCGACUGUAACCCUCUUCUGGGGCGUGAUCGAGGCCAAGACCAACAAGCACGCCCACAACACGUUAAGCUUAUGUCUUUUAUAUUUUACGAUUUCUUCUUCUUACAUUGUUUUUACAAUAAAAAUUUAACUCGUUUCUGUUUUAUUUUCCUUUUUAUCUCUUUCUCUCUCUUUUGUUUCCAUUCGUUUUCUUUUUUGUCCUUUUCUUUUCUUUCUUUCUUUCUUUCUUUCUUUUUUGUUGGCUUUUUUCUUUCUUUCUGUUUCAUAUGUUUUCUUCUUUUUUCUUUCUUUCUGUUUCAUAUGUUUUCUUCUUUUUUCUUUCUUUCUGUUUCAUAUGUUUUCUUCUUUUUUCUUUUGAAGUUUCUUUUAUUUCCCCCUUUUUCUCAUUCUGUUUCUUUUAUUUUUAUUUUUCCCUUUCGCCCUCUUUGUUUUCGUCUUUUUCUUUCUUUUUCUUUUUCUUUUAUCUCUUUCCCUCUCUUUUUUAUUUCUUUCUCUUUCCCUCUCAUUUAUUUUUUAUUCUGUUUUUCUCUUUCCCUCUCUUUUAUCUUCUUCUUCUUCUUCUUCUUCUUCUUCUUUUUCUUUUUCUUCUUUUUCUUCUUCUUCUUCUUCUUCUUCUUAUUAUUAUUGCUUUCUGACGAUUUCUUUUGUCUUUCUUCAUUUUUCUCUAUUUUUUUCUUUAUUUUUAUCUAUUUUUCUUUCUCUCUUUUGAUUUUUCUUUCUUUCUUUCUCUCUUUCUUUCUUUUUCUCUAUUUCUUUCUGUAUUUAUCUCUAUUUCUUCUUCAUUACAAGCACUUAUCAAUAUCUAUCUAUCUAUCUAUCUAUCUAUCUAUCUAUCUAUCUGUGUGUGUUUGA